AUGGAAGGUUGUACCAGAUUAGUAGAUGUCCAUCCAUCGCUUGGACUGCUUAAGAGACUUAAACUUUUGAAUUUAAGAGAGUGCAAAAGUCUAAAGAGUCUUCCAACCAAAAUUGGAACGGAAUCCCUUGAAACAUUAGUUCUUUCGGGUUACUCAAAUCUUGCAAGGUUUCCAGAGAUUGAUGGGAAAAUGGAACAUCUAAAAACUCUUCACCUUUCUGAUUGUUGUAAAGUUGAAUAUUUGCCAGAGAAUUUGCAGCAAGCAGAAUUUUUGGAAGAGCUUGACUUGAGUGAAACAGCCAUAAAAGAACCACCCUUCUUCAUUUCUCAAUUGAAAAAUCUUAAAAUUUUGUCGUUCGGUGGAUGCAAGGGUCCGUCUAAGUUAAAAAGAAAUAUCCUUUCUCUUUUCAAGGUAAGUCAAAGAGGAAGGAUGAAUUCUAUAGCUCUAAUGCUACCUUUAUUAUCCGGUUUGAGUUCAUUAAGAAAGUUGAAACUAAGGGACUGCAAUCUUGGUGAAGGAGAUAUCCAUAGUGCUAUUUCUUGUCUAUCCUCUUUGACAAACCUUGAUCUUAGCGGUAACAAUUUCAACAGCAUACCAGCGUCUCUUACUCGACUCUCCAAGCUUGAAUUUCUUAUAUUGUCAAAUUGCAGCCUGUGCAAUAUUGGUGAAGGAGAUAUUCCUAGUGAUAUUUCUGGUCUAUCCUCAUUGAGAAUUCUUGAUCUUAGUGGUAACAAUUUCACCAGCAUAGCUGCGUCUCUUACUCGUCUUUCCAGUCCUCAAAAUCUUGAAGUGUCAAAUUGCAGUGAGCUUGAAUCGUUGCCUGUGCUUCUAGCAAGAAUGACAAGUGAGUGGAGAACUAGUGCUAGCAUUAGAGCCAUUAACAGCUACAGAUUGGCUGAGAACAUUAGUGCAGUGACAUUGCUGAAAACACAUCUUAAGGCAUUUGCGAAUUCAAGAAAAGAGUUUGAUAUUAUUAUACCUGGAAAUGAAAUCCCAGAAUGGUUCAGCCAACAGAGAGGCGGCUCUGUAAUUGAAAUACCUCUGCCUCUCAAUAUUCAGAAUGACAGUCAAUGGAUUGGAGUUGCUUUCUGCUGCAUCUUCGACAAUGAUGGUGGUUCCGAGGGAAAGGCUAUCAGCUGUAGAGCUUAUAUCCGUUGUAGAAAUCCUCGAAGGAUCCAAUCAACUUUCUUUCCUUCAGAUAGAGAAAUUAUAUCAAAGGAUCACCUGUUUCUUUGUUAUUUCUCGCGCGAUAAAUUAUAUCCAUUAUCCUUGGAGGAUAAACGUGGUGAACAUGAAACCAAGAAUUUAUGGACAAUGGAUUGUUCUGAUCAUGAAUGCGAUGAGCUUCAGAUAUCUUUCCAAGGCACAAAUAGUAUUCCCUGUGUUAAGGUGAAGAAGUGUAGUGUUAGAAUAAUGUAUGAGAAAGAUUUGGAAGAAAUAAGACAGCUACAGUGCCAUACCACUCAAUCUUCUCCAAACUUUGAACUGAUCCAUCAUCACUCUACUGACAACGAUGAAUCCACAGGUAGCACUUCCCUUGUAAAACAAAAACGUAAUAUCGACGAGGAAACAGUGGAAGAAGGGCCGCAGCCUAAACGGAUGCAAAAAAUUUUCAAUUUUAUAAUGGGCCAAUCGAGGAAGAAGCAGUGA